CUCUCUUUCUCUAAGAUCUCUCUCUCUCUCAAAUUUCAAAAAGGGAUAUCAUCUCUAUCUGACAAAAUACCCAAAUAUUUAUUAUUCUAUCUCCCCCUCUCUCUCUCUUUGCGAUUAUUAAUUCCAAAACAAAAUACACAAAAAGAGAAAUUCGGAAAUAUGGGUGCGAUUAGAGAGAUAAUGACUGCUCGUUCGUUUGUUCGUAGCAGUAGAAGUACUACUAGUUGUUUUUGUUGUUGUUCCUCUUUCCAUCAAAAUUCCCAGUCCUUUCUUCUUUUUCGUAUUUUCUUCUUCUUCCUCUGUCAUUAUAGUUAUUGUUUUUAUAUUUAUUAUAAUCAUUAUCUUUUGUUAUUCCCUAAAUCUCACCGCACAUUUCCGUCACGCUCUUCGAUUCUUCUUCGUCUUCAUCCCCUCUUCAAACACACCAAACUCUCUCUCCCUCUCUCACCCACUUUUUACUCGCAGCUACUCCACGCUCUCUGAACCCAUAUUUUGCAAUGCAUGGUUUUAGUGGGAUUUCCCUUCUUUCAAGCUCUUAGUUUUACUCAUUUGGUGGCGAGCUUGAUCUUCGUCAAUGGAGGCUGCUGGUUCGGAGGGAGAGAAGAAGAAGCCGCCGGAGGGCGAGAACAAGACGAAGCGCAAAAUGAAGACCGCUUCUCAGUUGGAGAUUCUAGAAAAGACCUAUGCUGUGGAGGCAUACCCAUCGGAGGCAUUGCGAGCGGAGCUGUCGACGAGAUUGGGGCUCUCGGAUCGUCAAUUGCAGAUGUGGUUCUGUCAUAGGAGGUUGAAGGACCGGAAGGGGCCGCCAGUGAAGAGGCAACCGAAGGACUCUCCGGUUGGGGAGGAAAUGGUGGUGGGAGAGGCGGGAAAUGAGCACGCAUCGGGGUUGGGUUUGGUAUCGAGUAAGUUUGUGGAAUCCCGGCGAGUUGUUGGGCGACCAGGGGUCGCCGUUGCUAGGAUUGGAAGUGAUAUGGGGGCAAUGAGUAGGUUCUAUGAGCCGCAGCAGUCAAUACAAGAGCUUCGAGCUAUUGCUUUUGUGGAGGCGCAGUUGGGGGAGCCUCUGAGGGAGGAUGGGCCUAUUCUUGGGAUGGAGUUUGAUCCCUUGCCACCGGAUGCAUUUGGUGCGCCUAUAGGAUUGGCAACAGUGGGGCCGCAGAAGCAGUCUGGACGGCCAUUUGAGCCUAAGUUAUAUGAGCAGCCUGAUGCUAAAUCAAUAAAGGGUGUAGGCAGGGCUCUCCAUGAAUACCAAUUUCUUCCAGAGCAGCCAACUGUCAGAACUGAUGCAUAUGAGAGGGUUGCCCCAUCUUAUCACUAUGGUUCACCUGGUGAUGGUCCAAAUGCCAGGACUCCAUCAUUACCUUCUAGCCGCAUAUUCAUGCAUGGAAAUGAACAUGUACCUUCUGGCUAUGGUUUUCAAGGUCAGAUGCCUGGUCUAAAUCUUUUGCCUCAACAAGGGAAGCAGGGUCAUCUAUUGCCCUCUGUUUCAGGAGAGAAGGACAAUAAUUCACGAAAGAACCCCUUCACAAAUAUCACAGAUUCUCAUUUUGGUGCUCAUCCAAUAACUCAAAUGGAAAAUCCAUUUGUGUCCUCUGACAAGAGGGUCAUCCUUGAUGAGGAUGUUUCGCGGAUGGAGAGGAAGCGCAAGACUGAGGAAGCUAGAAUAGCACGGGAAGUUGAAGCCCACGAGAAAAGGAUUCGGAAAGAGCUUGAAAAACAAGAUAUAUUGAGGCGUAAGAGAGAAGAGCAAAUGAGGAAAGAGAUGGAGAGGCAUGAUCGUGACAGGCGGAAGGAAGAAGAAAGGCUGUUGCGAGAAAAGCAGCGAGAGGAAGAGAGAUAUCAAAGGGAGCAAAGGCGUGAAUUGGAGCGGAGGGAGAAGUUUUUGCAGAAGGAAUCGAUCAAAGUUGAGAAGUUAAGACAAAAGGAAGAAAUUCGCAGGGAAAAGGAGGCUGCAAGGCUUAAAGCUGCUAAUGAGAGAGCAAUUGCUCGUAGAAUUGCUAAAGAGUCAAUGGAACUCAUUGAGGAUGAACGCUUGGAACUCAUGGAGUUAGCCACAUCCAGCAAGGGAUUGCCUUCAAUACUUUCUCUUGACUAUGAAACUGCACAGAAUCUUGAAAUAUAUAGAGAUAUGCGAACUCCGUUCCCACCCAAAUUGGUGAAUUUGAAAAGGCCUUUCACCGUUCAACCCUGGAUUGACUCAGAAGACAACAUAGGGAAUCUUCUUAUGGUUUGGAGGUUCUUAAUUACUUUUGUUGAUGUUCUUGGACUUUGGCCAUUUACUCUGGAUGAGUUCGUCCAAGCUUUUCAUGACUAUGAUCCAAGGUUGUUGGGUGAGAUACAUGUUGCUCUUCUCAGAUCCAUCAUAAAAGAUAUAGAGGAUGUUGCGAGAACACCCUCUACUGGGCUGGGGGCAAUUCAAAAUUGUGCUGCUAAUCCUGGAGGUGGACAUCCACUGGUUAUUGAAGGGGCAUAUGCUUGGGGUUUUGAUAUAUGUAACUGGCAGCGCCACUUGAAUCCCUUGACGUGGCCAGAGAUUUUGCGUCAAUUUGCUUUAUCAGCAGGUUUUGGGCCACAACUGAAGAGAAGGAAUGCUGAACAGACAUAUCUUCGUGAGGACAAUGAGGGUAAUGAUGGUGAAGAUGCAAUUUCUAUCUUGCGCAAUGGAGCGGCAGUUGAAAAUGCUGUUGCCAUAAUGCAAGAAAGGGGUUUUUCUAAUCCACGCAGAUCUAGGCAUCGAUUGACUCCUGGAACUGUUAAAUUUGCAGCAUUUCAUGUUCUUUCUCUAGAGGGAAGUCAAGGUGUAACAAUAUUAGAAGUUGCAGAAAAAAUUCAGAAAUCUGGACUUAGGGAUCUCACAACAAGCAAGACACCCGAAGCCUCUAUUGCUGCUGCCUUAUCUAGGGAUUCAAAACUUUUUGAGAGGACAGCUCCUUCAACAUAUUGUGUACGGUCCGCCUAUAGGAAGGACCCAGCUGAUGCCGAGGCAAUACUCUCUGCUGCCAGGGAACGUAUCCGGGUAUUUAAGAGUGGGAUUGUAGAUGGAGAAGAUGCUGAUGAUGCUGAAAGAGAUGGAGAUUCAGAAAGUGAUGCAGGAGAGGAUCCUGAGGUUGAUGAUGUUGGUGCUGAAAUAAAUCCAGUUAAAGAGAACCAUAAUUCGAAAGAAGAAACCAAAGUCAGUCCUAAAACUCCUGUGGGAAAUGGGAUGGGGAGUGAUGGUAUUAUGGAAAAUCCACAAGUAGAUCUUGGGAAUAUUGAUGAGGGUUUGUCUUCAAUGCAAGCCAGAGGAUUAAAUAAGGAUGAGGGUGCUGGUUUCUCUGUUGCACAGUCUGUUGAUGUCUCUGGAAUCGGAAAUAACAUAGCCACUGUUAGUCAAGAAGAUACAGAUAUCGACGAGAGCAAUCCUGGUGAGCCUUGGGUUCAGGGACUUAUAGAAGGAGAGUACUCUGAUCUGAGUGUCGAGGAGCGCCUUAACGCACUUGUUGCCUUAAUUGGUGUGGCAAUUGAGGGGAACUCGAUUCGCAUUGUUCUUGAGGAACGUUUAGAAGCAGCAAAUGCCCUGAAAAAGCAAAUGUGGGCAGAAGCACAACUCGAUAAGCGUCGUAUGAAGGAAGAGUUUGUAAUGAAGAUGCAUUAUUCAUCAUUUACAGGGAACAGGACUGAACCUAACCUUAUGGCAUCCUUGGCAGAAGGUAGGCAAAGUUCAUUUCCUAUUGGCAAUGACAAAAGCAAUGAGAUGUCUGUUGCCGCUGCUGUCCAACAAGAACAACCAAAUGAUGUACAGAAUGAGCAAAAUUAUCUUUACAGUUUGCCUUCUGAAGAGAACCUGCAAAUGCAAGAUUACUGCGCUGGCCCAGAUAAUCUUCCAUAUCAGCAAGCCGGAUAUUAUGCUGAAAGGUCACGCUCGCAGCUAAAAUCCUACAUCAGUUACAAGGCGGAAGAGAUGUGCGUGUAUAGAUCACUGCCUCUGGGUCAGGAUCGCAGACAUAAUCGAUACUGGCGGUUUAUUACAUCUGCUUCUCGAAACGACCCUGGCUGUGGCAGGAUCUUUGUGGAGUUGUAUGAUGGACGUUGGAGGCUUAUUGAUUCUGAAGAGGGCUUUGAUGCUCUGGUGUCAUCUUUAGAUUUACGUGGUGUUAGAGAAUCUCAUUUGCACAUGAUGUUGCAAAAGAUUGAGAUGUCCUUCAAGGAAUCAGUUAGGAGGAAGAUGCUUUGUGUUAGCAUAGGAGAUAGUGGAGACUCUGUCAAAAAAGAAGCUGUUGAACUGCCUCGUGGCCCUGAUUACAGCAUAGGUACUGAUAGCCCUAGAAGUACUGUGUGUGUUGCUGAUUCAGAUGCUUCAGAGACCUCAACAUCUUUUGCGAUUGAGCUUGGAAGCACUGUGAGUGAAAAGAAUGAUGCCUUGAAGAGAUAUAAGGAUUUUGAAAAAUGGAUGUGGAAAGAAUGCUUUAAUUCCUUGGUAUUAAGUGCCAUGAAGUAUGGGAAGAAAAGGUGUACACAGUUGCUGGGUACUUGUGAUUAUUGUCAUGAUAUUUAUUCUUUUGAAGACAACCACUGUCCUUCCUGCCAUAAGACAUACAGUGCCUUAAAUUUUUCUGAGCAUGUGUCAAAAUGCGAAGAGAAAUCAAAGCUUGGCCCUCAUUGUACUUUGCAUUGUUCACCCUCAACUCCUCUCCAGAUAAGAUUGCUUAAAGUGCAGUUAGCUUUGGUUGAGGUUUCAAUUCCACCAGAAGCUCUUCAACCCUUUUGGACUGACAGCCAUCGAGAAUCUUGGGGUAUGAAAUUGCAGUCCUCAUCAUCGGCUGAAGACCUUCUUCAGAUGAUUGUUUCUGAGCUAAAACGUCAUUUUCUGAUGCUGGUACCGUCAACUUCUCAGCAAGGGUACCAGUCAUUGGUCCAGAUGUCUCUGGCAAAAGGUUCUAUGCCUCCCUGCAAUGUACUGACCUGCUUCCCCUUCCCCUUGUCUAACGCCUUAUCCGGGACAAUGAUUCUGACAUCAUUGGAAGGUGCCGUAAAGAGAGUCUAUUUGUCUUCAAACUUUGAGAGCACAAGUGAUCUUUUGGAUUCUUCUGACCCUUCAGGAUUUGCUAGAGAUUAUUCUAGUGGUCCCAAAACAGUUCCUGUACUUCCAUGGAUACCAGAUACAAUGGCUGCUGUGGCACUAAGGUUAAUGGAAUUUGACGACUCCAUCUCAUAUAUGCUAGAGCAGCAGAUGGACUCUCAGAAGGACAGGGGACCCUGGGUUAUAAAGCUUCAAUCAAAAUAUGCUGCCGGCAAGAAUUCAAAAGAUGAUGGUACAGCUCAUACACCAUAUCAAGCCGAACAUCUGAACGAAGAGAACUUUGUUGACUCCGUUAUUGGACUUAAUAGCUAUGUUCGUGGACGAGGUGGCCGUGGAAGAGGCCGCACUCGUACUCGUGGCGGGAGAUCACAGAGAAGGGUCAUUACUUCCAGUGAAUCUGGCAAAAAAAGUACAACCAUGAAAAGUGACAGAUUUGGGCAGGUAACCGGAUGGAAAGGGAGAUCACGUAGACGAGGAGGGCGUGGGCGAGGUCGUCGGAGCAUUAGAAGCAGGCAGAGAUCUGCAAAGGUGGUUCUUGUUGGUGCAGAAAGAAAUAACCCCAGAGAGAUCAUCAUUGAGAAAUCACAGAGUGACUUGGUCGGGAAGGAGUGGAAUGAAGAUGAAACAAUGAGGUUGGAAGUUGAGGAUGCUGGAAAUACCAGUAAUUCAGAAAGAUCUGGUUAUGAUGAUGAAAACGGUCUGGCAACAGGAGAUGAAUAUGAUGAUAUGGUGAUGGAUGACUAUGCUCCUCAAUAUAAUGGCAGGUCUGAUGACUUGCUUCGAGGGACCUAUUAUGAUGUAGAUGUAGAGGAACAUGAUGAUGAUGACGACGCUGAUGAAAAUGAAGAAGAUGAGCAAGGGGAUCUUGAUGUUGAGGAAUAUAUAAACGGUGACUCGGAUGAUGAGGAAAACGGUGAUGGAGACACAGAGCAGAAUGUUGACCAACUUCAAGGUGCAGGAUAUACAUCAUCGGAGUACAGUGAGUAAAGAGAUCACAGGUCUGUUGUAUAAGUGAUAUUUCAUCGUUGUUUUCCCUUUUUCUCAGGGGAGGGUGGGGGGAUGUCGGUUCAAUGGUUCAGAAUCAUCCCCUAAUCCAACUGUAUUUAUAAAGUUUACUGUUACUGUGCAAAGCACAUUUACUAAACGUAAGCAUUGAUGAUUCACAAUUAUCAGACAGCUUAUAACGUUGAUAACUCAAAUGAGGUUGAGGAAGGCUCAAGGGAGGAGACCCGGAGUGAUCGGUAAAUUUCGAACAACAGGUGGUUUUGACUCUUGAUUCUU